CAGUUUUGUAUUUUAGUUUAGUUUUUGUAGUUUUGUAUUUUUAAUGUGAGCCAUGGCUCUUUGGAUAGACGAUCCUGCCAAGCAGAAAGAAAUCAGAGAUUACUUUUCCUCCAUCAACUGUAUGACAAUGAAGAUCAUCGAAGAUAUAAUGAAAGUUGAAGAUGACUACAGAGAGUCUUGGAAAAACUUCACCGUUGAAGAAAGAGAAGAAAAAAUAAACGAAGCUAUGGUGUCACCUGAGGUUAUGAAAAAUUAUCCGUUACCAGAAAUCGAAGAUUUAGAUGUUUACCCAACCGUAAAAAUUGAUACAGGACAAAAAAUGGAGGAGCUGCAAAGUGAAACCGAUAAAAAUGUCGUCACUUCAAAAUGGCGGGAUGAGCAUUCAGCGCCUUUUUCAUUGCAAACGAAAAGUCAAAUGGACAUUCGAAUACCGACCGUUGACGGUAAAAAACAGAAAAAAAGAAAGAAAAAAGGAAAAUCAAAAAAAUCUGAAACUAACGGCGGAUUGUUGGGGAGUUUAAAUGGAAGUUUAUUUGGGUCUCGUUCUUCGAAAGAUUCAAAGCCUGCAUCAAAAAAUGGGUCCAUUUUCGAUAGUUUGGGACUUUCGUCAGGAAAUUCUAAAUCGUCUACAGAAUCUGGAGCAAACCGUUACUAUAAAAGUGGAUCGGAAAAAGAAUCUUAUGACAAUCCCAGUAUUUUUGAUAAAAAGGAGGUAAAAUUAGAUUGGGGGAGUGAUUUUUUGUCAACAAAGCCACGAAACGGUGAAAUUAAUGCCCCCCCAGUGGUCGAUGAAAGUAAAAAACCGUCUCGAGAUUUGCCAGAUAUAAGUUUCGGUGGAGAUUUUUUCAAAAGUCAUGAUUCAGGAAAAACGAAUGAUGACUCAACAAAAAAGAAUGGUGAUGUAAAUAAAACAGAAACGAUGUCAGCAAAAAUUGAAACACUGCCAUCGAGUGGUCUGCCAAAAGCUUAUAAUGAAUCUGAAUUUAUGGAUCUGUAUCCGCAGCCAAAACCAGCCAGUCAAGUAGAAAAUCUAUCAACAAGACCCAAAGAAAAUAAACAAUUAGAAUCUAAAAUUGAAACAAAGCUGAAAAAGAAAUCACCGAAACAUGGAGUCGAAAAACCGGCCUUUACGACAAUUCAGGAUAACGUAGCACCUGUCGUGAAUCUCUCAAAAACAAGGAAAAGCCAUCGGAAAAAAUCAAGCAGUGGAAGUGUUCAAGUCAACCCGCGAUCAUCUUUGACACUAGACGGAGCUAUACACAAUCUCGAAAUCGCUGCUGAAAUUAACCGAAAACAAUCUAUAACAUCUGACCAAGUGAUUUCGCACGAGAAAGUGUUUGGUGACGAAGAAGACUUACUCAAACAAAUUGAAAAGGAUACUCAUCUCGAGACCUGGAUGCCGGAACCUCAACCCACUCAAGAUUCUCCUCUGCUAACUUCGAGUGAGAAACAUAAAGAUAAAGAGAUUGAUCUCCAGAAAUCUGGAUUUGACUUUUUGGAUAAUUGGUAAAGUCUGUGUAUUUUUUUGAAUAAUUGUGGUCGUAACCGGUUGUUGUAAAAUAGUACAUUCAGUUUAUAUAUCUUUAAUAAUGGAUAUUUGGUGAGAGUAUUAACAACUAUUCAAAAGUAUAGCCCUCUAUACAACUCGAGAAUCCUGUUGCAAACUAACACAAAUGUAUUUUUGCAACGUUUCGUCGUCUAAUCAAAAUCACACUUUACAAUGUUUUUGUAGACUGCUUGUCUGAGGACGUCUGAUUUUGGUCUGACGAAACGUUACAGAGAUACAUUGUGUUAGUGUGCAGCAAGACUCUUGAAUUCCAUAAUAUGGUAAUUUUAGUCCUGCUGCAGCAUCCUAGCAUUAUACGCAUACGAAUCCACUAACGUACUAGGCAUUAAAGGAUUGAUAGUUAGUCUUUCGCAACCCCUACUGAUAGUCAUAUUCUGAGCUCGAUACAUUUUAAAAAUUUGAAAUAAUGAAGCGUAGGUAAAUAUAAUUUAAAUAGCUAUAUUACUUGACUGUGUGUCUCUGUCAAGAAUAGGAUUUUUGAUUGUGCAUGAAUUACCCUGGUAGCUACCACUUGCAGUUUAUUCAGGUUUUUUGUUUAGUACAUAUAUAGUAAGAUUUUUUGAACAUAUUCUAGAUCAGGAUUUCCCAAACUUUUUGGGCCGUGUUUGUGAAUCUUAGUUUUGAUGAACCCCCAUCCUAUACCGUAUCAAUAUCUGUGCCUAACCAACGAGGAAGAAUAAUGUUUCAUUUACAACACAACAACGCAAGGUUUUCACUGCUUAAUUUAAAUUCUUGGAGCAACUUACUUGUAUGAAUGUGUAUUCGCUGGUGUCAGGUGUAAUAACGAUCAAAUGCCAUUUUCACAUACAUUUUACAGUUUCUAAUUCUAUCUGCACACUAAGACUCACAGCAAGACUCUUGAAUCACUUAGGAUAGUUAUCUCUACUCUUGCUACAGCAUCCUUACAUUAUAUGCGUACUGAUCCGCCUGCACAAAAGCAUAGAGGAAGGAUAAGUAGUUAGUCUCGCAGAAACCAAAUCAUUAGCACUAGUUCUAAUUCUAUGUUUCAUUAUAGUUUACUGUUGUAAGAAAAUGUACAAGUAUUCUAUAUGUUUUAACGAUGCAAUACCCACAGCCAUCAUGCUAAUUGAAAUUAUCUUAUAUGCAGCUCUGAACUGCUCUUUUUGUAUUAUGAAACUACUACUUACCGGUAAAUGAGAGGCAGGAACUUAUUCAGUGGUAGGCCUACUGUGGUAGACUGUAUGGAGCGUUUUAAUCGACGUAAAAGGCCAAUUUAAUUACUGUAUAAUAAAAAUUUUAUAAUUUGAAAAGUUAUUGCACAUUCUGGUGAUUGAGCCAUAUUCUGCUGCUAGCCAUUGCAAUAUUAUAAUUUUACUGCUCAGAUUCGAGGCAGGGAACAUAAUGUAACGAUUUUAAAUUCACAAUGAAUAUUCUCACUCAGUAUUUCUGCUAUAUGUCAUAUUUUAUUAGUUUCUUUACAGGCAUUUUCCACACGCUGCCCAAUGUUGAAUAGGUCUCACAAUCUCUCAUACCAACUUUUAUUGGAUCUGUGUAGUAACAGAGAUUGUUAGAAAACCCUUAAUGCGGAAUGAUUAUUUUGAGUGAUUAUGAACUUUUUUUUAUUUUAUUUUUCAAAAUUGCCAGAUUCUCAGCCCACCAUCCUAAUUGAUGCAUUAGUUUAGUAGUUUUUCUUUCAAUUAAAGAGCCGUUGAUCAUUGGAAUCCAAAAUGUAAUACAUGGAGUACAAAAGUUUUAAAUGAAUGAAUUCUGAUAUAUAAUUUGAUUCCAUUUUUUUUAAGAACUUUUUCUAUUUUAAAUAAUGCUAGAUUCUACAGCAAUCAUCUCAUUCAAUACAAAAUAUUUUGAUUGGUGUAUUUUUUUUUCUUUUAAUUAAUGAGCCAUUGAUCAUAAAAUAAUUGCAGUUUUAGUAAUUUGCUGCUAGUUUAUCCAUGUAUGGCUUGUAUGCAGUAUUAGCUAAUGUCAACAUAAACCGUAUUCUUCUUAAAAAUUAUUUUUGCAGUUAGUUUUUGAUCAGUAUUGUGAGGGGGUUUCACAUUUGAAGCUAUUAUAGUUUUCUGCUGUCCCCCGAAAUUUUCUGCUGUCCCCCGAAAUCAUAAGUCAGUAGCAUUCAGAGGACACACUAUUAUUGUGUAUAUUUAUUUAGCCCUAUGUGAGCUAGUAUUCUAUUACCUAAUGUCAACAUAAACUGCACUCUUUUUCAAGAUGUUUUUCCGUCAACUGGUUUAUUUCUAGUAUUUCUUGUUAAGAAUUAUGAGGUCUUCGAAACUUUGGGGGCGUUGUUAUGAAAAACAGUUUUUUUUCUACUAAAUAGAUAUUUAUUUAACUGGUUUGAUAGUUCUCAAUUACUGUGAGGGUGUAACCAUAGAAAUAUUAUUUUUUGUAAUGAGUAGUCAUUGGACAUUGAAAUAUAUAUUUUAAAUAUAUAUAUAUAUAUAUUUACCUGGACUGUAUAGCUUAAAAGAAAUAGCCUUUUAUGUUUAUUAUAUUCUUGUGCUUUGCUAAUAAGCCAUAGUUUUACCUAUGUUUUUAUAAUUUUGUUGCAAAAUAAUUGUUUUUGCUUAGAUUCGGAAUAUAUUUUUAUUGUGUUACUGGUUAGAACUUAGAAGAAUUAGUAUUUAAUUAAGAACAAUUAGUAUUUAAUUUUGGUUCACUUAGAACAAAGUGUGUUUUCAAUGUGUUACUGAUUUCAGGACAGGCCUCUUUCAAUCUUAGUUUGCAUUGAAUCUAUUGGAUUAAUAUAUGUUCGUAAAUAUUAGUCGGCAAAAAUUUGGCUAAAUUUUUCGCUAUCAAUUCCAAUUUGCACUUUUGUAUAUAUUAUAAUUAUCAAGUUAAUGAUAAGGGGUGCUUGCUUCCAAAAUAUUUAAAGUGUAGAAAAAAUUAAUUUUUUGUUAUACCUGUUUGCUGUUUUUAUUUUAUACGCAUGGAUUUUGCCUCAAAUUGAUAAAAAUCACCAAAUACAUCUACUUGAACAGAAAUUUAGGUAAAUUUUUAAUGAAGUUUUUUGAUAGUUUCACUUAGGCUAUGUACAAGUCAGUAUCUGCUGACUCAGUCAGUGAAUGGCUCAAAAAUUGCUGACUAAUAGUUCCAUGUUUACCUAUGGUAUUAUAGUCUGCUUAUAAUGUUUCAAAAUAUAAUUUUUAGUUUUGUGAGAUGUAUAUUGAAUAAUUUUGUAUUUCAAAUCCUAUAUCUAUAUUACCGGUAUAUGUAUUUUUAUGAAUUUGAAUUUAUUUCCAUGUAUAUUGUUACCUAAUUCAAGUGCUACAUAUAUACAGUCUAUAUACAGGGUGAGCCAAAAAAUGUUACCAUUUUUAUAUUCUGACAAUUUUCAAAACAUUUUUUGGGUCUUAGAAUUAGUAUAUUUUAUGAGUAUUAUAAAAUCACAUUUUGUAUUAUAGUGUCAUGUUUGCUUAUUCUGCUGCUUAUUGUUCCAAGGCAUUCACCAGUAAUGUCCAUACUCCCUAUGGUGACUUUUGUUUCCAUUAUAAUUAUUUUAAUAUUGAUUUUAAAGUGAAUGUGGUUGCCUGCUUUUGUAUUACUCAUUACUUUGAAAAAACUUGCGUAUAAAUUUUGAAAAUUUCUAGGACAUCCUUCUAGAUCAGUGUUUCUUAAACUUUUUAAGCCACGCUCCCAUUCAUAAAAUUUGUCUCACGUCUCACGUCAAAAAUACCUAGCUAAUAAUAAGCUACAAAUAACAGGUAGUAAGGUGAAUGUAUGUUUAAUUCAAAAAACACAAUGUAAAAUGGAUGAAACAUAUAUAAUUACCGUAAAAAAUGUAAAUAUCCAAAAUAAGGCGGGAAAAAUCAAAUCUAACCAGUAUUUUUUUUUCUUCAUAAGUUUGAGAACCACUUUUCUGGAUUCAUUUGAACACAUUUAUCGUAGAUGAUUUAGCUUUUCUGGUGUUUUUUUGCAGUGAGAUUCAUUUUAAUUUAUUUUUGUUUAAAUAUGUUAUUGAAGCCAUGUUAUAAUUACCUAUGUCAACUAGGGGUUCCUGUAUUAUGUAUUAUUUCUUCACAAUGCCAGUAUUCAGAUUUGCAGAGCUAGGUAAAAGUUCCAUCGCAAUCCCAACUUUGGGAAACUAGCUAAGGGAAAAAAGGUUUAAAAUUUCAUUCAAGUUCAACAAAUUUAGCUCUGUUCCAACUCCCAACUCCUACAUAACAAAUUUUGACUAAAAUUUUCACAAACGUAAAUUCCAAAAUUCUGAUCUUAACACCAAAAAGACAAAAAAAUUCAAAGCUCUUGGGGAAUUUAACAGUACAACCCUAAUUUUUAAGAUCAGUAAAAAGCAUUGAUUUCUGGUCCAACAGCUACAACAGUGGUCUCUAUUUUUUCGGCAAAGACCAUAAGUAAGUGUAAUCUACUAAGUGUUUCACCUACCUUUGAUGGGGGACGGAGCUGUAACCCAUCAGCACCAUAGAUGGGUCCACUUUUGAAGGCUACAUCCAUCAGCCUUGUCUUAAAAACCAAAAACAUAUCAUUUCAUAUGUUAUCAUAGAUGGGCUUAUCUUUGUUUCAGUCGCGUUUGCUAGUACCGAUGCAUAUAUUAUUAUAAUUCACUAACUUGCCUAUUAUUUUUUAUGCAUGUUAUUUAUUAACACUCAUUAAAUUUUUUUCAAAACUUCUUGAUCAGAUCUAUCGCAUUUAUUGGGAUAAAAUCAUUUUUAAUUUUACCAGUCACACUAUCAGACCAGAUAAAUUUUCAAUAUCGUUUUUUUUCUAAAUAUUGUCAGGUUCUAAAAGUCUUUCAUAUCAGGAUGUGGAUGUACAAUAUGCAAUUGUCUCAGGAGUUGAAAAAUUUUUGACCCAAACUCUUGAGAAUAAUGAAAUUUUGAUAACAAAAUGUUUGGCCUUUGCAACCCUACUUACUAUAUUAGUCUGUUAGUCACCUCAAUAUUUUUAUAGUUUCUGUAGAAGAUUUUGACUUAUAUUAUCAUCAUGUAAAGUCUGAAAUUCUGACUUUGGAAAAUUCAAAAUUUCCUCUUCUGCGCUGGGAAGUUUGAAAAUAUCGCACAGACUCUCAAUCAGCCUUUUUUACAUCGUUUACAUACAUACAUUAUUGGGAAUCUUAUUUGUAACACUGCGUAUAGGGGGAAUAAGUCUGUAUAUUUUUAUUGUUGUAAUGUUUGUAUUAUAGUUGACGAACAAUAAGUCUCUCUCUCGCCAGUAGAAACAUGCCAAAAUGCAACUCCGCAUCCUGCUUCCAUAUUAUGCUGCCCAAAUUUUGUGUGCUUGAUCUAAUUUUCAAUUUUUAACUGAAAAUAUUUUUUCUAACACAGAA